AUUAUAACAUAUGUUCAGCACUUAUCUGUACUCCUUGGUGCAGAUGGUAGAAAGUUCUAUAUUAAUUCAAGGCCACUGAUAAAGAGUUUAAAAUAAUCAAAUAUUCGUAAAUGUUCAAUAACUUGCUAAUAUUUGAUUGGCGGGUUGAGACUACAGUAUAUAAACUGGACACAGCCACUUGACCAUACAGUGAAUCACAAUGGCAUUCCUUUGGCUCCUUUCAUGUCUGGCCCUGCUUGGGGGCACUCUUGGCUGUGGUGUGCCAAGUAUCAAGCCUAUUAUUUCUGGCUAUGCCAGAAUUGUGAAUGGUGAGAAUGCCGUUUCUGGUUCCUGGCCAUGGCAGGUGUCUCUUCAGGACAGCACCGGAUUCCACUUCUGCGGAGGUUCUCUGAUCAACAGUCUGUGGGUUGUUACCGCUGCUCACUGUGGUGUUACAACCUCCCACCGUGUCAUUCUGGGUGAAUAUGACCGUUCCUCCAGUGCUGAACCUAUUCAGACCAAGACCAUUUCCAGGGUCUUCAGACACCCCAGCUACAGCUCCUUCACCAUUGCCAAUGACAUCACUCUCAUCAAGCUCAGCAGCGCCGCUUCUUUCAAUAACCGUGUGGCUCCUGUGUGUAUUGCCGCUAGCGCUGAUGUGUUCAAUGGAGGAGAGAGAUGUGUCACCACCGGAUGGGGCUACGUCAGUGCUGCAACCCAAACCACCCCAAGCAAACUGCAGCAGGUGUCUCUUCCUCUUCUGACCAAUACCGAAUGUCAGAGACACUGGGGAACCAAGAUCCAGAGCACCAUGAUCUGCGCUGGAGCAUCUGGAGCUUCCUCCUGCAUGGGUGACUCUGGUGGACCUCUUGUAUGCCAGAGAAAUGGAGCUUGGACCUUGGCUGGUAUUGUAUCCUGGGGAAGCUCUUCCUGCUCCACAUCUACUCCCGCUGUAUAUGCUCGUGUGACAGCUCUUAGAUCCUGGUUGGACCAGACUGUUGCUGCUAACUAAAUGUUGAGACUACAGUAUAUAAACUGGACACAGCCACUUGACCAUACAGUGAAUCACAAUGGCAUUCCUUUGGCUCCUUUCAUGUCUGGCCCUGCUUGGGGGCACUCUUGGUAAGUUGGUUAAUUUCUUUAUUGACAUUUUCUUUUCUUUAUUAAUUUCUUACAGUGAAAUAUAAGUUUUUCUUUAAUACCUAGGCUGUGGUGUGCCAAGUAUCAAGCCUAUUAUUUCUGGCUAUGCCAGAAUUGUGAAUGGUGAGAAUGCCGUUUCUGGUUCCUGGCCAUGGCAGGUGU